CUGCACAGUCCAAAGAAAUCCGGAAACAUGUUGGAGGGUAUUUUUGAGUCCUCCACUUCAGUCUCACUGUUUGGGCUCUUUGUUGCUCUGCUGGUUUUCUUCCACUUUUUUAUCUCCAUCUUCAGUUCCCAAGAAAGACGAGAACCUCCAGGACCCAGACCUCUUCCGCUGUUUGGUAAUCUGUUCCAGCUGAAUCUAAAGAGACUCAGCCAAAAUCUUUAUGACCUUUCCAAAACAUAUGGACCAGUUUUUCAAGUCUCCUUUGGACCAAAGAAGGUGGUGGUUCUGGCAGGUCACAAGAUAGUCAAACAGGCUCUGGUGAACCAGGCUGAGCAAUUUGCAAGCAGAGAAAUCACUAAAGCUUUUUAUUAUAUCAACAAAGAACAUGGUAUCAUACUGGCCAACGGGGACUCGUGGAAAGAAAUGAAACAUUUUGCUCGGACAACUCUAAAAGAUUUUGGCAUGGGCAGAAAAACAAGUGAAGAGAUAAUUAUUGAGGAAUCUGUCAACCUGAUCAAAGAGUUUGAACAGUUUCAAGGUGAAGCCUUUGACAACAGUGUGGCCCUGACUUAUGCUACUUCAAAUGUGAUAUCAGCUCUGAUGUUUGGGAAAAGAUUUGAAUACACAGACCCAUUCAUAAAACAGAUGGUGGAACGAAAUCAAGAGACUAUUCAUCUGAUGGGAUCAGCCUCCGUCCAGAUUUACAACAUGCUUCCUUUGAUCGGCCCGUUGCUUAAAGACUGGAGGGAUCUCAAGGAAAAAAUUGACACCACAUUAAAUGACUCAAGAACUAUAAUAGCUGAUCUGAAGGAAACUCUUAACCCUGAAGUGUGCAGAUGUUUUGUUGAUGCAUUUCUGCUCCAUAAGAAACGUCUAGAGGACUCUGGAAUCAGUAAUUCACACUACCAUGAUGAAAACCUGCUGCACAGUGUGAACGAUUUGUUUGGAGCGGGAACUGAUACCACAGCAACAACUCUGAUGUGGAGUCUCCUUUACAUGGUCAAAUUUCCUCAAAUUCAAGAUCGUGUUCAGGAGGAUCUGAGCAGGGUGAUUGGAAGCCGGCAGGUUCGAAUGGAGGACAGGAAGAAUUUGCCUUAUGUUGAUGCAGUUAUCCACGAGACACAGAGAUUUGCAAAUGUUGCACAUAUUAUCUCUCGCACAACAACUAAAAAUGUAACCUUAGAGGGUUACGUCAUCAAAGAGGGAACAACAGUUUUACCUCUUCCUGUUUCUGUCCUGUUUGAUGAGAAUGAAUGGGAGAGCCCUUACAUUUUCAACCCUUCUCAUUUCCUGGAUAAGGAGGGCAAAUUCAUCAAGAGAGAUGCUUUUUUUGCCUUUUCUGCAGGUCGCAGGGCGUGCCUUGGAGAAAGUCUGGCCAAGAUGGAGCUUUUUCUAAUCUUUGCCUCCCUUCUUCAGCAUUUUCGUUUCACUCCCUCACCUGGAGUUUCAGAAGAUGAACUGGAUUUGAAACCAGUUGAAGGUCUGAUCUUCACCCCUAAAGUCCAGAAGCUGUGUGCUGUCCUACGCCACUGAAAACAAGAGCUGAACCUACGUCACUGGUUGUUGAUUAUAUCACAAAAGUUUAAUACUAACACCUUUAGUGUGGUGAAGAUUCAUGUACUAACAAUUCUGUACUAUUGCAGAGACUGCAUUGAUAAUAAUGUACGGAUAAAUAAAGUUCAUCUUAUAUUAUG